AUGAACAUAACAAGAAAUACAAAAAGAGAAAGACUUUUAGAACAAUUAGAAUUUGCCCAAGAUCUUCAAUCCGAAAAUCACAAUACUAAAUCAGAGAUUACAAUUCUUCAAGAUAAAUUCAGUAAAGAAUCCUUCAACAUUGGCCAUGAUACUCCAGUUGGUGUAUCAAAAGUUUCACCGAGUUCUCGUACUGAUAGGGGGGAUCCAUCAGCAUAG